AUGUUUAGUUUACGAGAAUCGAUCCGUCUAGCUACCACCCUGAUCCCUCGUUUUCAUCCACCAUUUCUCGUUCGUUUCACACACAAAUAUUUUUCGUCAAACGUUAGAAUCGAAACAAAUUAAUUAAAAAGAAAGGGGGAGAGGAAAGGGUACAGUGCAUAAAUUAGUGAUUAACGAAACGGAUAAACAAGAUCAAUGAAACAAAGUGUAUCCGAGGAGGGGCAUCUUUUAAAUUAAAAAAUCAACGGGACUUAAUUGAGAAUCAUUUGGUGAAUAAUUGAAACAGAAUUUCGAUUUUGUUUCCGCGUUCUUGUUGAAGAAACUUCAAAGUGCUUCGGGGCACGUAAUUGGAGAUUGUUCAACAUUCAGGGAUAAUUUGCAAUUAACAAGUGGGCCUCGAGUGGAGGUCGAAGGUUCUUCAGGAUGUUGCAACAGCGGAGUAUACUCUGUGCGAUGCUUUUUGGACUGUUGUCCGGAGAACUCGUGCUCUCGGAUCAGCAACGAAACAAUCCUGCGCUGAACGAGCCCGACUUCGAGAUACCCGAGUACAUAUUACCAUGCAAUAGAUCAGAUCCCAAGAUAGACUCAUGCUUUAAGAAGACUUUGAACCACCUGCAGCCAUAUUUGCUGAAGGGUCUCACUGAUUUGGAUCUACCUCCGAUCGAGCCAUUGAUCAUCCCGGAACUAGGAAUGGAGAACGGUCAAGGAGCCGUUCGUGUUAGAGCGUUGUUCUCUAAUAUUACGGUCAUAGGGGCAGGAAAUUAUUCGCUCAUAAAGGCACGAGUCGACGUAAAGACAUACAGGCUUGAUCUUCACUUAUCGUUUCCAAAGAUCGAACUACAAGGCCGUUACGAAGUGGCGGGAAACGUGUUGCUCUUCCCCAUUCAGAGCCACGGUGAAUUCUGGGCACUUUUCGGCGACGUUCAGGCGAUCGCUCGUCUCCAAGGAGUGGAGGAGAUCCGCGACGGGGUUCGUUACCUGAAAGUGGCGCGGAUGUUGGUCGAUUUCAAUCUGGCCCGAGCGCGAUUCCGCGUGGUCGAUCAAUUAAAUGGCGACAACGUGAUCGGCCAAGCGAUGAAUCAGUUCCUCAACCAGAACGCGAAGGAGAUCAUCGAAGAGAUGAGACCAGCCGCCAGUGCAAGCAUCGCCAAACAUUUCAAGAGUUUCCUUGGCAAGGCCUUGAGCAAGGUCCCGUUAAAAGUUUGGCUUCGCGACACGUAGUUCCUUCGGAUCGUUUCUUUUUAUUUUCUUUUUCUUUUUUCUUUUUUCUUUUUCCUCUCUUGUUUUUCUGUAAACGUUGUCGAAGAAAAUCACGUUCCCUUAACUCCUCGAGGCGCGAUUUGGAUCGUGAAACGGACGAAUCGCGUUUGGGCAAUGAAACGACGAAGAAGAAUGCUCUCGAAGACGGAGUAUUUCGAUGGACUGACGAUGAUUUGACUUUGGUUCAAAUUUGUAUGUAUCGUGCAUUUUUGCUGCACUUUAUGGCAGAUGAAGAGGAUUGAUUCGAGAGAAUACUGUUUCGCAAAUUCGUUGUGAGAAUCAUCGAGUGAAUAUCGUUGCUAUUGAGUUGGUGCUAGGGUAGAACUUUGGUUGUUUGAAAUAUAUUUUAUGAAACUGAGAAAUAUUUCAGAAGUCGUUUCUCCUUUUGUUUAUUAAAUACUUUCUCCUCUUUCUUCAUUAUCAAAUUGCUUCGCCUACGAUUCGUUUAUCUUCAUUACGAAACAUUUUUCAUCUGAAGUGUUUCAUUUUGUCUAUUUCGAGUCAUCAAAUAUUUUCGUAAUUCUUUAAUUUUACAUUCAAACAAUCUUAGUCACGCCGUACUAUUUUCUGCCGCAUUUAACGGGAAAAUAAACUUGUAGAAUGAUACGCUCAUCGUUAAUUUCAAUGUACAACUGACUUCUCGAUGUUAUGUCACACGCCACACACUGUAGUUACAGUAGCUCUGUGCAGAGAAAAAUAACCGAUAAUUAUUCAGAAACGUGCUGUCCGCUUUCAAAAAUUGACUCGAACAUCAUGACUUCUCUGCACAGAGAUUGUAAUUACACGCAUAUAAUAUUGAUAUAAUAAUAAUAACUUAAUUUCAUCUGCA